AACAGCGCGUGAUAAACAUCACACACUCGACAAGCCUUCUCAUUGUAGGGGCGCAUUAGAGUAACAAGUGUGUGUAUUGGACUGAGAGAUGAUCUAUAUCAUCUAUUAAAAACAAGGUUUAAUUAAAGUGGACGGUUAUUUUUGCUUGUAAAAGCCUGAAAUGCUAGCUCUGCAAUUGUAUAGUGUCCCAGACAAAGCCAAGAUGCAGAAAGGAUUCAUGUGGAAGUUAUUGUCAGUAGUAGCACUGUUGAUUUUAGCUCCAGCUAUGGAUGCAGCACCAGUAACCUCAGAAGUUCCAGACCUUCAAAAGACAUCACUAAAAGGUGAAAAGAAACCAACAGAUCCUUGGACGAGUGGCCCAGAGAUCCACGAUAUGACUACGUAUUUUGAUGGACAGGAAAUGACAGUCCCUGUAAGACCUUCAGGUAGUUUAGACAAAGCCAUAAGCAGUCCACAUUUUCUGGACAAAACACUGGCAGCAACUAACAGUCAAAGCCAAACACUGAAUCCUGCUUCAGUUCCAGUUGACUCUGAUGGACUGAAAAACAUAGCAGCAGCAACUAACAGUUUGGAAAAUCAGCUUAACCUAGGCUCUGUAACGGAUGACCCUGAAAUAGAGGAUCAUGCUGCAAUGGAAGACAGCAGUGUUCGCAAACCACUGAAGCUAAUAUCAGCAAUUGUUAAUUCAAAUAAACAAAGCAAGAGUGCAAAGAUAAAUUCAGCCAGCAGGACAGCAGAAAGACGACAGAAGAUGCUGCAUAUGCUGAGUGCUCUUGAGGAGCUUCAUAAGUCACUCAACCAUACACUAAACAGCCGCCUCACCAUCAUAACCAGAGGUAAUAGCAACAGUCGCAAUCCAGGAAAAAAGAAUAAAAUGAUCCCAGAGGGUAACAUGAAAUCAACUACAGUGUCAUCUGUGGUCAGCAAAGGUGCUUCAGCAAGGGCUAGUACUGACCAAGUGGAUCCCAAACUCCUGAAUGGAAAGGCAUUCAAGAAGUCUUUCCCGUCAACUCCCAAGAAAACUAACAAGAGAGUUUGCUUCUGGAAAUACUGCUCCCAGAAUUAAAAAUUUCUCACACUUCCAUAUCACAUUCUAGCAUGACCCCAUGCUCAUCAGCAAGCAAAACUUAGGCGACUUCUAAUUGAGACUUCAACAACAUACUUAACAUGACUUACCCCAGUGACCUCGUAUGACGUGUGUAGCCUCACUGCACGAAAGCCUGUU